CUACCAAUACUUAGAAGCACAUCUUUGAUGACGCUUAACUCAAGUGUUAUGGAUACUAGAUGGAUAUAGCCUCGUUCCGCAACGGCCAGCGAGCCACCAGAAUGCAUUCUUUUUUAAUUUUCUUUGAGUUUCUAUCUGGAUUCAUUACUUCUUAUCACAUCUCCCUUCCGUUGAAGCAGUGGAGCGAUGAUGUUUGAUUUCUCUUAUAGGAGCUGUAAAAAUAUUGCUUUUUCUGCAUUUGUAGAAUGAAUUUGAAAUCCCGACAACUUUCAGGCUUCUCAGCGGGCAUUGUUUUGUUUGAGGGAUUUUGUUUUCGAUUUGGUGCUGAAAGUUAAUCGGGAAAGAUCAAUGGUAGGCGACAGCGCAAAAGACAUGCAAGUGGGAUUAUGUGCUGAAUGGCAAAGUAAUAAUAUAACAAUAAGUAGCAGGGGCAUUGCGGGACUUUGGACAAGUGUCAGCUUGUCCACAUUUGUAGCCGCAAAAACUUGUCGUCUACAAAUACCUACUAACUUGUGUCCCGGCCCAUUGGUUGAUCAUUUGAUUAUGGGUAUUAAAGGUAAGCUUCGGAUCAGACCAAAGUCCAAACCAUGAAAUUUGCAUUUCAAUAGUAAGAAUAUCAAGAAUCGCACCAUCAUUUCCUUUUGUCUAGUUUGGUCCAAUACAAAAUAUUCUCAUUUUUCAAUGUCCACAAAAUUAAUUGAAUCGAGGAUCCAACCACAUCAUAUCCUAUCCAAUUGGUUUGAUCCAAUUGUCGAUUUGGUCUAGUGCUGAUCAAAUCCCCCAAUUUAGAUAUCUUUGGUUAAGCAUUCUUUAUCUUAAUAUUAGUUCAAGAGAAAACCCUGUAUAUAUUAGCCAAAUCUAAUGUUUGGUUUGAGAAAAGAGUGAGUACCGGUCACUGCAAAUGGGAAAAUAGAAACCUAAUUUCUCCAUGUACUUUCAGUUGGAGUUCUAUCUAAAUGGGAAAAUAGAACAAUGCAGUGAAGAUGAAAUAUAAACUAUCCCAUCAGCAUGGCUACCAAAGAGCAAAGGAAGGAAGGAAGGAACCAGCGUUGACGAAUGACCACCCCGGCUUCUACACCGUGCACCAAAUGACCAAGGUCGGUGGCCAUAUAUGGGUGUUAUUAACCCUCCGAUUGGACGGUAUAGAAGACAGAAGGUAGGGAGCCGACACCACAAUAGCACACUGCAGAAGAAAUAAAUGAAAUAUCAACUUUGCUAAAUCAAUUCAAUAGCACCGCUACAAAUGAUCUUUCCUGGAUUCUUAGCAUGGCAGUCAUCACGUACAUUAGAACUCAUACCUAGCUUGAUUAUAUCAAUGAGUUGAUUGAGCAACCAAGUGCAUCCCUAAACUUCAACCAAUUUUCCAUAAUCUUCUGCUCAACUUAUAUAUCUCAGAGAAAAGAGCUAGAGAGGAUUGCCCUAUAGAGAAAAAUUGUGUUAAUCAACUUUGCUAUCAAUUGAAUAACACUGCUAUAAAUGAUCUAUCCUGGAUUCUUAGCAUGGCAGACAUCUAGUAAUUAGAACUAACACCUAGCUUAUGAUAAGGUGAUAUGUCAAACAGUCGACCUUGGCUCUUACCUGAUCCAACCCUGCAUCUAAUCCUUAGCACGCAGCCAGGCACCCAAAAAAGCAAAUACUAUGAUUUGUAGGCUCCUGUCAAAUGGAACAUUUAAGUUUGGAUGCAAAAUUUGGUUCACUAAUACAGUGAAAGUACCAGGAACAAAGAUGGAACGCUUAGGGUCAUGAUUGAGUUAGUCUAGUGACUACAUUGCGGAUGAGAAAAGACUACAGAGUGUAGAAGAAAACCCAAACAAAUUGAACACACAUAACCGUACUACAACCUUAAUGCAACCGUUGUUCACAUUAACCUUCUUCACCAUCAAAAACAAUAUUAGCAAGAGAAACCAUUAAGCUGCAUUAAUGAGUCACCAAAACUGAAUGACAUGAAAAAGAAUUAGGUAGCCCAACCAAAAUACCAAUGCACAACCCCACUUAUAAAAUAGCUAAGACAAAUGGAUUGCGAAAAUUCAGAACAACUUGUUCUGAAUCAAUUAACAACUACUUAAUGUAUAAGGCCAUUUGAUUCCACUACUGAAACUCAUAAAGAGAAGGGAACUCAUAACCUUUAUGUAACUCUAAACUUCUUGAUAGUAGUUUUCUCCCAGUAAAACAACAAAUUGGAUGGAUACCAUGUUGCUGCAUCCAUCAUAAGCUAACCAUCAUAGUGAAUUUGGAACCUCAUAGUAAAGCAGCAUACCGACCAAAUUUGUGAUACCUCUCCGGCUCAAGCAUGAGUUCACUUGGAGGAAAUGGGGUGGAUAUGAUGUUGCUAUCCAUGCUCUGAAUGUCAAUGAAGGUACAUGACAUCGAAUUAUCAAAAUUGUAAAGACAACCAACCCAUUAUGUAUUAAACUUGAAAAGAUUAAAAAUUGAUAAAAGCUUAAACAAAAGAAAACGCAAACAAUAAAACGAAAUUACCCCGAAUACCAUCAAAGAGCUUUAACACCAACUGACCAGACCUUAAUCAAAAUCACAAGUUAAC